ACGGGACAAAAAGCCCCCCUCGGCCCGGAGACGGGAGGCCCGCACCAAAACCCGCGCCACGCGACGCUCCCGAUCCGAGCGCCGAGAGGGAGGCGCAGGGAUGGCCCGCUCGGCGGCCUCCGGCGGCGGCGGCGGGGGCCAGCCGCUGGUGGUGUCACUGAACUGCCUCGACGACCCGUCGCUGGAGCAGGAGGGGCUGGCCGGCGUGGCGGGGGUGGAGCACGUCCCCCUCUCCGCCGUCGCCUCCGGGCGCGUGGAGGCGGCCGCGGCCGUGCUCCUGCCCUCGCUCGCCUUCCUCCCGCGGGCCGCGCAGCGGCGCCUCCGCCCGUGGCAGCUCCUGCUCUGCCUCGGGUCGCCCGACCGCGCCGCGGACGCCGCCCUCGCCGCGGAGCUGGGCCUCCGCCUGGUCCACGUCGACGCCAACCGAGCCGAGGAGGUGGCCGACACCGUCAUGGCGCUCUUCCUCGGGCUGCUCCGCCGGACCCACCUGCUCUCGCGCCACGCCUCGUCGGCCCCGGCCGCUGUCGCCGCUGGGUGGCUAGGCUCCGUCCAGCCGAUGUGUCGCGGCAUGAGGCGCUGCCGCGGCCUCGUGCUCGGCAUCAUUGGUCGAUCCGCCGCCGCCCGCUGCCUCGCCACUCGCAGCCUCGCCUUCCGGAUGGACGUCCUCUACUUCGAUCCGCGCCAUUCGGCUAAUGGAAAAGCAAAGCGGCCUUCCAUUGUAUUUCCUUCUGCCGCCAGGAGAAUGGAUACUCUCAAUGAUUUGUUGGCAGCAAGUGACCUUGUUUCACUGCACUGCACAUUAACAAAUGACACGAUGCAUAUACUUAAUGCUGACUGUCUGCAGCAUGUAAAACCUGGAGCAUUCAUAGUAAAUACUGGAAGUUGCCAACUUAUAGAUGAUUGUGCACUCAAACAGCUAUUGAUUGAUGGUACAAUAGCUGGUUGUGCAUUGGAUGGUGCUGAAGGUCCACAAUGGAUGGAAGCGUGGGUAAGGGAGAUGCCAAAUGUUUUAAUUCUUCCUCGAAGUGCAGACUACAGUGAAGAAGUGUGGAUGGAAAUAAGAGAGAAAGCAAUCACGAUAUUGCAGUCCUUUUUCUUUGAUGGUGCUGUUCCAAGUAGUGCAAUAUCUGAUGAAGAUGAGGAAAUUAGCGAAGCUGGAAAUGAAGAUGAUCAGCUAGAAGAAAAGGUUAGCAGUUCACAAGUUUUUUAUUCUGAGCAGCAGACAGAUGAAAGUCAGUUAAAAAUGGAGUACGAAAAGAGGAGAGCCAUAUCCCAGCAUAAAGAGCCUCAAGCAUCUGCUAGAUCUCAACAUAUUGUCCCCCGAUCAGAAGGAAGGCGCAGCCGUUCUGGAAAGAAAGGGAAAAAGAGACCUGCUCGCCGCAGAUCUCAACAGAAAACAGAUGAAUUAUCUGCUGUAGAGAGUGGCAGUAAUUAUUCCUCACGCAGAGAUGAUGAUACUGCAAUGAGUGGAAGGGACCAGGUAUUGAGUUCCAGUUCACGAUUUGCGUCUCCUGAGGACUCAAAAUACAAGCAGAAAUCUCCUGCUGAAUCCCCAAUGGAAAUAACUUCUGAGACGAAGUUGCCUACAGUUCUCAGAAGGAAAUAUCCUGAUACACUCAAAGAUGGUUUUGUUGUAGCCUUGAGAACAAAAGAUAAUUCAGGGUUCCAUGUUGCAAGACAGAGACUUGCUGGUGGUGGUGGUUGGAUCCUUGAUAUCGUGUCAAAUGCUACAAACAGGGACCCUGCUGCUCAGUUCCUAGUCACUUUCAAAAACAAGGAUACCAUGGGAUUACGUUCCUUCGUCGCUGGUGGUAAACUAUUGCAGAUUAAUAGGAGGAUGGAGUUUGUGUUUGCAAGUCAUACAUUUGAUGUUUGGGAGAGCUGGAUGCUGGAGGGGUCCUUGUUGGAGGGUUGCAAACUUAUCAAUUGCAGAAAUUCAUCGGCUGUAUUGGACGUCUGUAUCGAGAUCCUUGCAGCUGCGAGUGAAGAAGAUGGAGUUACUCGGUGGCUAGAUUAGGCCGCUGGGGACAGAAAAAUGGACUGACUCGUUCUUGUUGCUUGGUUUGGUUUGUUGCCAACUCUCUUUUUCUGCCUAAAGUAUUCAAUUUUCGCUUUUGUAGUACAGGAACCUUGUGGGCACAGAGUGUAUGAUUGUACGUGUUGUCUUGCUAAACCUGACCUUCAACACUGUAGUAAGUUUUGAUUUUUAUCCUUGCACGUUUGAUGCU